ACACGCCGGUUCUGUUAUUUACAAUCAUCAAUAUAAUUAUCAAUGAAUGCUGUAUAGUGUGCUAAUUAUGGACAAUUAAUUCAUUGUCAGGGAAAAUUAGCUUAGAAAAUUUUAUUAAAUUAUUAUCGGCUUCUAAAUAUCAUUCUUAUUAUACAUAACGAAAAUAUGAUUCAUGAAUGAUGUAAACAAUAGUAAGCUUUCACGAGAUAGGUUUUCAUUAAUAGAUUUGGAUGAUGUCUAAAAAAUUGUAUUAUAGCAGUGUUUAUAAAAUUAUCAUUGAAAAUUGUAUUAUAGCAGUGUUUAUAAAAUUAUCAUUGAAAAAGGGAUAAAUUAGCGAAAUGCGACUGUACAUUACUGAAAGGAACAAUUUCUAUAUGAUUAGAUGAUAAAGAUAAUCCUGCUGUUAAUGAAGUCUUAAUUGUCAAGCAAGAAAAAUAAUGUCUUUAAAAUUAUUGAUGCGCUCUUUAAGGACAAAAAGGUGCGACAAAUUUUGGACAUUUUAUCAUCGUUUAUAUCAGACUGAUAACACUAGUAGCACAAUAAACGAAGCAGUACCUGGGUUCUCGAUAUCUCAAAUAAAACAGAGUUUGAGGCAAAAGCAGAUUACCACUGUCGAAGGACAUGCAUGCAUAGUUAUAGAAUGUCCUAUAUGUGAUUUUGAAAAAUUAAAAAAGGCCAAGAUUUAUAUUAAUAAGACAACAGGAUACUUUAUGUGUGAUAAAUGUAAUUCUAAGGGCGAAUGGAACAUAUUGGAGAAGUUUUUGUUAUUAAAAAAAUCAAGCAAAGCAAAUAAUGCACAGGAGUUGGAGUCUUUGAGAAAUACUAUGAGAAUUCACACAGAUUAUGUUUCAAAAUGGGAUAACAUAAUGAAAUCUAAUCAGCAAGUGGCAGAUUUAUCGCCAGAUUUGUACGAGAAAGUUCGAUAUACAUUUUCUCUUCCAGAAAUCUCACAACAAGACAUCUCCCAAUUAAAUGGAGUAUAUGCGGCUGCUCCAUCAUUAUUAUAUUUUCCAUUAAUUGCCUUUGGAAACAUUACUGUUGGUUAUAAGACUCUUUCUAGUGAAUCAGGAUUAGAACAAACCGUACCUAUUUGCAAUGUUGGUGGAUUUAUCAGUUACAAGCAGAAAAGCACUAGAGCUGAUGGAACUGCAGUGAUUGUGCCAACGAUACAUGAUUUGCUGGCAUUAGCAUCUCAAAAGGCAGCAAAUAUGAUUAUCUGCUUGCCAUAUAAUUUACAAAACUUACCGCAGCAGCUGUUGCCGAGUCUGGAGGGUUUUAAGAAAUUAAUCUUAUGGUUUGGAAAUGACGAACCUAGCUGGUACACAGCCAGACAGUUUGCCAAGAAAUUAAAUGAAAAGAGAUGCUACUUUGUGAGACCAAUUGAUACGCAACCUAGACCAAAGCUAGCCAAGGAUAAGGGCUAUGACCUUAAAAGUAUUUUGGCAAAUGCCCAACCGAUAUGGCACAAAAGUAUUACUACUUUUGAUGAUCUCAGACAAGAUGUAUUAUGUGAUUUGCAAAAUAUAGAUAAAGUUCAAGGAGUAAAGUGGAAAAAAUAUCCUGCCCUAAAUCGAAUUUUAAAGGGACACAGAAGAGGAGAGUUUACAAUUCUAACUGGACCCACUGGUUGUGGAAAAACUACAUUUAUGAGCGAGUAUUCGCUAGAUUUAGCAAUGCAAGGAGUCAAUACAUUAUGGGGCAGUUUCGAAAUCAGAAAUGCACGUCUAGCUAAAACAAUGUUACAACAAAUGGCAGAGGUGUCUUUAGAAGACAACUUGGACAAGUUUAACACGUAUGCAGAUGCUUUCAACAAGUUACCCAUUUAUUUUAUGACUUUUCAUGGUCAACAGAACAUCAGAGUUGUUAUGGAUGCAGUUGAACAUGCAACAUAUGUGCAUGAUAUAGCUCAUGUAAUAAUUGACAAUAUGCAAUUUAUGAUGGGUAUAUCAGACGAAUCGAAACACAUGGACAGAUUUUGGAAACAGGACAAAAUCAUAGCAGAAUUUCGAAAUUUUGCUACAAAGUAUAAUUGCCAUGUCACUCUGGUUAUACAUCCAAGAAAAGAACGAGAGGAAGAAUUGACGACUUUAUCUAUUUUUGGCAGUGCUAAAGCAAGUCAAGAAGCUGAUAAUGUAUUGAUUAUACAAGAUAAAAGACUUACUAGUUUACGAGGAAAGAAAUAUUUGCAGGUUGCAAAGAAUAGAUAUAGCGGAGAUUUGGGAGUAAUGGUUCUCGAAUUCGAUAAAACGAAACUCAGUUACGCACAAAAGAAGAAAACGAAAGCGGAAGAAGCAAAAGAAGGAAAAGAAACUCUUCCUGCAGGAAACUGAUUAACAAUAAUUUACUGCCAAAACUAAGAAUAUGUCAGAAAAAAAUAUGCGCCAAUCAAUUAUAAAUAUACAGGGUGUAUCUUAAAAAGCUCCCACUAAGCAAAUAGCGUUAUUCCUGAUUAAAAAUCGAGUCGAAAAGUUUCCUCAACCAUUUUUUCCCAUAAUGCUUAAUAAAGCAGUAAUUAAUAAGUAAAGUCGCGCCAAUAAAAAGACAAACUUCCUCGUUAUCAACAUAUGAAGAUUUGGAUAAGCAAAAAAAUAAACUG